CUCUCGGGAUGCGUGGCGCUUGAUUAUGACGUCACGACGACCGAGAACGAACCGGAACGCGCAGGCGCGCUAGCUCGUCUCGCGCAUGCUCUGUGCCAGCCGGAAGCCGACGGCGCUGUCGCUUGCAUCCUGGUCGUGCUUAUUCUUACCUGUCGCAGGAAUGGACUCCGUCAUGGACUCCGCAGGAAAGUGCUCCAGCUUUCUGUCGGAUCUGGAUUUCUGUGCUGAUUGCGGCUCGGUCCUGCCUCUGCCUGGAGCGCAGGAUACGGUCAUCUGUACUCGAUGUGGCUUCUCCAUCAACGUGCUGGAUUUCGAAGGGAAGGUCGUAAAGACCUCAGUUGUGUUCAACAAACUGGAGACAGUCGUGCCGCUGUCGAUGGACGAAGGCCCUGAGUUCCAGGGACCUGUGAUUGACAGGCGCUGCUCUCGCUGUGGGCAUGAGGGGAUGGCUUACCACACCAGACAGAUGCGCUCUGCUGAUGAAGGACAGACUGUCUUCUACACCUGUACCAACUGCAAGUUCCAAGAGAAAGAAGACUCAUAAAUUUUUUUGUUGUUGGGGGUGGAUGAGGUGAUUCAACAAUCCCUUCCUUUCUUCUUUGGAAGGUAUAAGAUACUGGGUUCUCAGAUCACUUGUCCAUCCCCUUCUUUGCAAUAUUUUUUUU